CAUUAUUAUACAUAUACGAUGACAUCGCAAUGUAUUUGGUCUUUACUAUCCAUCAAAAAAGACUUGGAAUUCAUUUAUAGUUCAUCAUUUGAAAGAUAUCUAAACAAACAUUCUUUAUUUCAAUUGAUUCAUCCUGAUGAAGUAUCGUUGGCUAAAAAAGAUUUAUCAAAAUUUAUUAAAAAUUCGAAUCAAUAUUUAAAGGGGUCCAUUACAAGAUGUCGAAUAAGAGAUUUAACCAGUCUUCAUAGAGAGUUUAAGUCUUGGAGAAUUGUAGAUAUUAUCAUGUAUGUUGUGACUGAUGACCUGGUUUUAGCUUUCUUUCAUCAUCAAGAUAAUCAGCAUCUUUCUACUUCUAUUUGUGGAGAGAAAGAAGAUAUUUGUAUUCUACAUUUAAGAGAAAAUCUAAUUAAACAAUACCAACGAUCUCCUUUAUCAAUCGACUUUAAUCAUUCACGUCAUUUUCACAUACUAGAUAAUCGUACAAGAUCAGUGCUUUUAUCGUGGCCAGAUGAAGGCUGUACAGAAUGGAACCAUUUUAUUCACCGACUUAUAUCACCAGGAUUUUCCUGCUUCCACUGCAUUGAACAACCUUCUCGAAUUAAUUUAUUAGGUCAACAGGUCAACAGUUUAAUUAUAGAUUAUGGUUCCAUCUCAUUUGUAUUAGAGCGUGUUAAAAAGAAAAAUAAAAACUACCAUUUUAGCAAAUACCCAACUUACCAUAUACCAUUUAAUAAUAAUCAUCAUCAUAAACAUGCUGCCUCAGAAGUAUUAUUUUCUAACAAAACACAUGAGAUAGUAGAAAAUACUGUUGUGUCAUUACCCCUUAAACAACGUAGUAGCAAUAACAAACAUCAUUGUCAAAAUUGUGGAACAAGGACUAGUCCUGAAUGGAGAAGAGGUCCUACAGGCCAUAAAACGCUCUGUAAUGCGUGUGGAUUAAGAUAUUCUCGAUCAGUUGCACGAAAGGAACGACAAAUAGCAAAUCAGUUAAAACAACAGCAACAGCAACAACCUAAUAACAGCAUAUCAUCCUUAACCUUAAAACAAAUUAUUAAUUAUACAACACCCUUUUAAUACCUUUUUUUUUCUUUCUCUCUCUCAUUGCAUUAUUGGUCAUUUUUACAUAUCAGGAAAAGAAAAUAUUGCGUCUCGAAUAGAUCUUUUUUUUCCUCCUCCUCCUCCCCCCCAAAAGAAAAAAAAAAAGAAAAUAAAAAAUAUUUUUGUGCACCUAAUAAAUAUAAAAGCUUGCAGCAGGAUUUAUGUGUCACCGUUAUUAUUAUUAUUCUUAUUUUAUACUUGGUUUUAUAUGUGAUUACACGUAAUUUAUAAACUAUUAACAUCGAUUGAAUUCUAAUUUUUUUUUUUAAUAAAGACAGAGAGAAAAAACAAAAAAAAAACUCCCCCUUCUUCUCUCUCUCUCUUCUUGAUUUAUGACUAAUUUUUAGAGAAAAGUAAUAACUGAAAAAUGAACAUUAGAAUGUACACAAGAUUUUGAAUCACAUUUUAGAAGAAUACACAAAGAUAAAGUUUAACUGAAAAGGUAAAAAAAAAAAAAA